CAUUAUUAUUUUUUGUUAAUAAUGGGUGCGGUUAAGAGCAGCCACUCCUACUAAGCUGUGCAAGAUGUUGAUGCUAGCAAGAAAUAUCAGUUUUUCUUAUAGUGGUAGUAGUUCCUUGUUUGUCAGACAUUUCUCAGCUUUUCAAAAUAAAGGGCCCAUAAUAUUUAACAAGAAAUAUUUGGACAGUCUUGAUGGUGGAUAUGAAGCACCUCAAGUUAGGACUAGCAGUGUCCCUGGACCUAAAUCACUUGAAUGUUUAAAUAGAUUGAGCCAGUUUCAUUUAACUGCUAAUGUUGAGAUAUUUGUUGAUUACAAGGCUUCCUCUGGUAAUUACAUGGUCGAUGCUGAUGGUAAUGCAUUUCUUGAUGUUUACCAACAAAUAGCAACUCUGCCACUAGGAUAUAACAAUCCAACACUUUUAAAAGCAUCAGUAUCAGAUGACAUGAUGACCCUCCUUUCAUCAAGACCUUCUCUUGGCUAUGCGCCAUCUGUUGACUACCUGGCACUGCUAGAGAAGUCUUUGUUUUCUAUUAAACCGAACGGUAUGAAUCACUCAGUACAGCUCAUGUGUGGUGCAUGCUCUGUUGAGAAUGCACUCAAGCUUGCAUUCAUGUGGUAUAUGAACAAUAAAAGAGGAGAUAGACCAAUUUCUCAAGACGAACUAGAUAGUGCAUUGAAAAAUCAAUCCCCAGGUUGUCCUAAUAUCACUGUUAUGUCCUUUUCAAAUGCUUUCCAUGGACGAACAUUAGGUUGUUUGUCAUUGACACACUCCAAAGCAAUCAAUAAGGUUGAUUUUCCAUUGUUCAAAGGUCCCAUUGCUCCUUUCCCUUCAUUAAGAUAUCCUCUUGAAGAACAUGUGAGGGAGAAUGAAGCCGAAGAGAAGAGGUGUCUGGAAGAAGUAGAGAAUCUAAUGGAAAGUUAUGAAAAAACAUCCCCAGUUGCAGCUGUUAUUAUUGAACCAAUACAAGGAGAAGGAGGAGAUAAUCAUGCUUCCCCGGAAUUUUUUAAAGGAUUGCAAAAAAUUUGCUUAAAGUAUGGAUCAGCUUUCAUUGUGGAUGAAGUUCAAACUUGUGGAGGAUCUACUGGGCAGUUUUGGGCACAUGAGUCCUGGGGUCUACCUACUCCACCUCAUUUAGUAACGUUUGCAAAGAAACUACAAUCAGGAGGAGUGUUUGCAAUUGAUGGAAUAAUACCAACUCAACCUUCUCGAAUAUUCAACACAUGGAUGGGUGAACCUUCUAAAUUACUCUUACUAUCAGCAGUACUUGAAGAAAUGAAGAGAGAGAAUUUGUUGUCUUUAGUUAGGGAGUCUGGUCAUACACUAUUAUCUGGAUUAAAGCAAUUGCAAGAGCUGUAUCCAGGGCACAUCAGUAAGGCAAGGGGUGUUGGUACAUUUUGUGCAUUUGAUGCUAAGAAUAGAGAUGAGAUGGUAUCUAAAUUAAAAGUGAAAGGUAUUAAUGUUGGUCCUUCUGGAAGAGAGUCCAUCAGAAUGAGGCCUGCUCUUAUAUUCCAAUCAAAGCAUGCUGAAAUAUUUCUUAAUGCAUUGGAAACAAUAUUGAAAGAAAUGUAGUGUUAGAAAAAGUUUAUUAAUUUUUAUUAAGUUAUUAUUAUGAUCACGUGAUCCUCACGUGAGAGCCACGUUUUGUUUACAAGCUCUUUGGGCUGUGCUCUAAACUGCUUUCUCUGUGUCGCGUCAGCAAGAUAAGAAGAGAGAGAGAGAAGAGUAUUUUACUGGCUCUCCCUCCUCUUUCCUUUCUACUGGUAGACAUGGAUAUUAAUCAAGAGGUAUUAAGAAAGCAGAUUAUGGUCAAUCAGUUCUGUAAUCAAGUCGGCUGUACCACGGAGCAAGCCACGGAGAUAUUACAGAAAGCUCGGUGGCAGAUAGAAGUAGCUUUUAGUUUAUUCUUUCAAGGGCAUUCUCUGGUCCCUGGUAACCAGCCAAACGUUCAUCACUAUCACAACGCACAGGAGAGUGGGAGCAGCAGUAUGUGUGGCUCUUCUGCCAGCAGCAGUGGAAUGGAGAGCGGGAGCAAUUCAGCGUCUAACACAUUUGGUGCUAGGAUGUCAUAUUCAUGUGUCCCUACAAACACUCCAGCUACUCCUCCCACUUUACCAGAUACUCUAGCAGCCUUUGCUCAGCUAAAGGCCUCCAGUCCUGACCAGAGAGGUGGAUUUGACGCCAGAAUAGUAAACAUGCAGAAUAGUUGAUGAAAUGUCAGGCCCACUUUGACGUGGGAUAACAGGACAAUUUUAAUUUCACUCCAUCUUUCAGUUACUGCUAAUUCUUUCUGUUCUUUCAAUUGACUCAUGUUCUGGCCCUUUCCCCUCUUGUCUCAGCCUCCCUCAUUCGCUCUAUUUCAAUAGUUUCCCUGCCAGCAGAGAGAGGAUCGAUUGUGUAUGCUAUGUAUACAGUAUAUUGAUCGUUAUUUGGCUAUUGUUAUUAUUAUAUUAGAAUUGUUUUUGUUACACGCCUCUUUAUGUUUGUAAUUAUUGUUGUUGUAAAGUUUUUUGUUGUUUUCAAAUUAUUAUUGAUUCAGAUGUGCUUUUGUAAA